GAAUUCGUUCAUAAAAUGCUGGAACUAUCACAUGGUUCUCUUGCGACACUUUGUUAGUUCCAGACAGUGAACGUUUGUUAAAGUUAGUCAAAACCUCUGCGGACUCAUCCAAACGCCAUGGCCUGCUCGGAACUUGCCCUAUUAAGUGUUUCUGACAAGUCUGGACUUCUGGACUUUGCCAAAAGGCUGGUAAAUGUGGGACUGUCACUGGUCGCGUCUGGUGGCACUGCAAAAGCCCUGCGCGAGGCUGGACUGGCAGUUCGAGAUGUGUCUGAGUUGACCGGCCACCCGGAGAUGCUGGGUGGGCGGGUGAAGACCCUGCACCCUGCUGUUCACGGAGGGAUCCUGGCCCGGCAUAGCCCUUCAGACAAGGCAGACCUGGAGAAACUGGGCUACAGUCUGGUCCGGGUGGUGGUGUGUAACCUCUACCCAUUUGUGAAGACCAUCUCAACUCCGGACGUCACGGUUGAAGAUGCAGUGGAACAGAUUGAUAUUGGUGGGGUGACCUUGCUUAGAGCGGCAGCCAAGAACCACGCCCGCGUCACCGUUGUGUGCGACCCCGCCGACUACCGGCUGGUCGCCGCGGAGAUCGAGGCUUCGGAGGGUAAAGACACCAACCUGGACACGCGCAAGACCCUGGCCCUGAAGGCGUUCACUCACACGGCCCAGUACGACGAGGCCAUCUCCGACUACUUCCGGGGCCAGUACAGCCGCGGCGUGUCCCAGCUGCCCUUGCGCUAUGGCAUGAACCCCCACCAGGCCCCUGCCCAGUUGUACACCCUGCGCCCCGCACUCCCCCUUAAAGUGGUGAACGGUUCUCCCGGUUUUAUCAACCUCUGUGACGCCCUGAAUGCCUGGCAGCUGGUCAAAGAGCUGAAGAGCGCCCUGGGCCUGCCCGCCGCCACCUCCUUCAAACACGUCAGCCCUGCAGGCGCCGCCGUGGGCGUGCCUCUAUGUGAAGACGAGGCCAAGGUGUGCAUGGUGAACGACAUGCUGAAGGACCUAACGCCACUGGCUACUGCAUACGCCAGGGCUAGAGGCUCCGACAGGAUGUCCUCGUUCGGAGACUUCAUCGCCGUGUCUGACGUGUGCGACGUCGCCACCGCCAAGAUCAUUUCCAGAGAGGUCUCAGAUGGCAUCAUUGCCCCUGGUUAUGAAGAGGAGGCACUCCGGAUUCUCUCCAAGAAGAAGGGGGGCAACUAUUGUGUUCUUCAGAUGGACCCAGCCUAUGAGCCUGAUGAGUCUGAGGUCCGGGUGCUGUUUGGCCUCCACCUCAAGCAGAAGAGGAACGGCGCCGUCAUCGACAAGGAUCUCUUCAGCAACAUCGUCUCAAAGGGAGCGUUGUCUGAGAAUGCGGUGCGUGACCUUAUCGUGGCCAGCAUUGCGGUGAAGUAUACCCAGUCCAACUCUGUCUGCUAUGCCAAGGAUGGACAGGUGAUCGGGAUCGGAGCGGGCCAGCAGUCCAGGAUCCACUGCACUCGGCUGGCUGGGGACAAGGCUGACAACUGGUGGCUCAGGCACCACCCUCGGGUGCUGGGCAUGAAGUUCAGGAGUGGAGUGAAGCGGGCCGAGAUGGCCAACGCCAUCGACCAGUACGUCGGCGGCACCAUUGGAGAGGGCCCGGAUUUGGCGGCGUGGAAGGCCAUGUACGAGGAGGUCCCAGAGCCCCUGGAUGACGCUGAGAAGAGGAACUGGCUGAGCUCCCUGCAGGCCGUAGCUCUAAGCUCCGACGCCUUCUUCCCAUUCAGAGACAAUGUGGACCGCGCCAAGCAGAGUGGUGUGGAGUACAUAGCUGCCCCCGCUGGGUCCACUGCUGACCAGGUGGUGAUCAAUGCCUGCAACGAGCACAGCAUCAUCCUGGCACAUACCAACCUACGCCUCUUCCACCACUAAACAACCAGUGGUGGCCGUGUUGGAAGUCCAAUGAGCUGCUCUAGAAUAGUGUUCUGCUAAAUUACUAACAUUCCAUUAAUACUGUUACAAUAUGACAACUCAUGCUGGAGACCAAGUUUUCUUACAAUCUUAUCUUCAUGUAUCAGUUAUGUUGUCCCUGUCUGGAAGGUCAAGUUUCAAAGUGAAAUAGAAAUAUAAACUGUUUCUGAGA